UCUGGAACUGUCCAGGGCAGAAUUGAGGGGCAUCAGUUGGAAGCCAAGCAACGUCCUUGCGCUCCUUAACUUCUUACUGAAACUGGCGUUUGCUUCAGUUCUGCGCGGGCAGUACCCGCCGCACCUGGGCAUAGCUUUGCCACCAGGAGCCAUCAUUGGUGUCGGCCUGCCUAGAGCUGCCGGCCUUGGGCCCCCGUCCACGGUUACAGAGAUGACCAACCAGUACAGUAUUCUCUUCAAACAAGAGCAAGCGCACGACGAUGCCAUCUGGUCCGUCGCCUGGGGGACGAGCAAGAAGGAGAGCGCCGAGACGGUGGUCACCGGGUCCCUCGACGAUCUGGUGAAGGUCUGGAAGUGGUGUGAUGAGAGGCUGGACUUGCAGUGGAGUCUGGAGGGACACCAGCUGGGCGUGGUGUCCGUGGACGUCAGCCACACCCUGCCCAUCGCCGCGUCCAGCUCUCUGGAUGCGCACAUCCGGCUCUGGGACCUGGAAAACGGCAAACAGAUCAAGUGCAUAGACGCGGGGCCUGUGGAUGCCUGGACCUUGGCCUUUUCUCCUGACUCCCAGUACCUGGCCACGGGAACGCACGUGGGGAAAGUGAACAUCUUUGGUGUGGAAAGUGGGAAAAAGGAGUAUUCUCUGGACACGCGGGGGAAGUUCAUCCUCAGCAUCGCCUACAGCCCCGACGGCAAGUACUUGGCCAGCGGCGCCAUCGACGGCAUCAUCAACAUCUUUGACAUUGCGACCGGGAAGCUCCUGCACACGCUGGAAGGCCACGCCAUGCCCAUCCGUUCCUUGACCUUUUCCCCGGACUCCCAGCUCCUGGUCACCGCCUCCGACGACGGCUACAUCAAGAUCUACGACGUGCAACACGCCAGCCUGGCCGGCACGCUGAGCGGCCACGCGUCCUGGGUGCUGAGCGUGGCCUUCUGUCCCGACGACACCCACUUCGUCUCCAGUUCGUCCGACAAAAGCGUGAAGGUUUGGGAUGUUGGGACGAGGACGUGUGUCCACACCUUCUUUGACCACCAGGACCAGGUGUGGGGAGUGAAGUACAGCGGGAACGGCUCCAAAAUCGUGUCUGUGGGCGAUGACCAGGAAAUCCACGUCUACGACUGCCCUGUUUAGCCUCGCGGCCAGGCGCCCGCCCCCGCCUGUCGAGCAGACGCUGCAGCCAAGGGUUACCUUUUAUAGAAACAACAUAAACCUCCUGUUCCGUGGGAGCUGCCGUGCGUGCUGUCCAACCCGACGCCCGUCCUCGCCUGCCCUCAACGGGGACGCGCCAGGGUCCGUGAGCCUCUGUGGGUCCCCCAGCCCUGCCCG